UUUCAGUAUCUACAGAAGUUCUCCCUGAAAGCACCACAAGUCUGAACACUAAUACUCAAUGGCCACCAGUACAGAAUUACACGUGUGGAGGUUUAUUAACCCAACCAUCAGGAGUUAUAUUUAGCCCCUUUUAUCCAAAUCCCUACCCAAGUAAUGCCAACUGUACAUGGGAAAUUUGGGCCGCACCAAACUCGUUUGUGGAGCUCAGGUUUCUGCAAAUCGAUCUUGGAAAUAUUUCGAGCUGUUGGUACGAUUGGAUAAUGAUAUAUGAUGGACCACCUGGGAAUUCAGUUGCUCUUGGAAAGAUUUGCCAGACUGGAAAUAGUACUUUCUACUCUUCUUCCAACAUUAUGGGAAUUGAAUUCAGAAGUGACGGCGUUGUCCAAGGAACUGGUUUUGUGGCUGAGUAUAGAACAUUGACUAGAAUCCAUAGCACACCAGUAACUUGUGGAGGAAUUUUGACCGAUCUGAGGGGAACCGUUUCCUUUUCACCCUCUAACGAAUCAACCUACUGUGUCUGGUAUAUGAGUGUUCACAACAACUAUAAAGUUCAUCUCUAUUUUACAGAUUUCAUGAUGCAGAACUCUGUGUCCUGUAACUCGUGCUCCCUUUCUGUGUAUGAUGGAACACCCCUUGGCUCUCCUUUACUUGGACAGCUUUGUCAGACAACUGAACGGAGAUUUGUGUCGUCCUCAAACAGCAUGAGCAUUGUCUAUUCCUGCAGAGACAAUGACAGCGGGGGAGGCUUGACCUUCAGAGCCGUAUACAGCCCAAUCAUCCCUCACAACCAAAGUGUUACCCUCUCAUGUUAUACAGAUUUCAUGGAGGUUCAAAUUUCAAUGCUGUACCUUCAGUCUAUGGGUUACUCCCCGGACACCAUUUUCAUAAAUGACCCAAAAUGUAGACCCAAUAUUAUUUCUGGCUGGUUGGAAUUUCAUAUCCCCUAUCAGAAAUGCCUGACAGCAGAGCAGGUAGAAAAUGACACUAUAAGCUACACAAACUCGUUGUUUGCUCACACUGCCGAACCAAUGAUAACUCACAGAAAGAAGCUGAGUUUAAUGCUGAGAUGUGAAAUGUAUCAGGACGCCAUGGUGGAAGUGCUGUACCAUGCAGAUGACACUAUCAGCAAUACUUUAACCCAAUAUGGCCUCUUCUCUGCGAAUUUGACCUUCUACCAGUCUCCUAGUUUCAUCUACCCUGUGCUCCAGUACCCAUAUUAUGUCCGUCUCAAUCAGGAUUUGUACCUACAAGCCUCCCUGAUCACAUCAGACCCGACUCUUGUGUUGUUUGUAGAAACUUGUGUGGCUUCUCCAGACCUCUUUGACUUCACAAGAAAUAUUUACUAUAUAAUACACAAUGGGUGCAGCAGGGCUCCUGGCUAUCGCACAUACCAUUCGUCCUCACCUUGUAGCGUUCGCUUUGGAUUCAGUGCCUUUAGUUUCCUGCAGCAGCACUCCAGUGUAUACCUGCGCUGCAAACUGGUUGUAUGCAAGCAAUACAGCUAUCCAUCCCGCUGCAGCCAGGGAUGCAUCACAAGACACAAGAGAGAUGCCCAAUCAUCUCACGAGGAAGUCUAUGUUGUAGCUGGACCGGUGCAAGUUGUGUAACAUACAUAUAAAACAGUCAUAUACUCUUUAUGCAUAGCGUAAUGAUCUAUCUGCUAAUAAUCUCUAGAAUAUAUGACUUUGUAUUAAAUUCAUAAUGAAGGCUACCAGUUCCUAAAAAUGUACGUGUGCUGUACUAUAAAAUGUAUUAGCAAUAUGACAUGUCAUUGAUCUCAAUAAU